ACAAUAUCUAAGGUUCUACUAAACAGAAGUAAACAAAAAAUUUCAAAAAGUUUCUCUCAAACCUAAAUUAAAUAAUUUUUCACAGUAAAACUAAUUCAAAAUGGCUCAACAAUGUCAACUUUGGAUGGGAUCAUUGCAGCCUUAUAUGACUGAGAACUUUAUAUUAGCUGCAUUUAGAAAGAUGGGAGAAGAUCCUUUGACAGUUAAAUUGAUGAAAAAUAAAUUCUCCGGAGAACCGGCAGGUUAUUGCUUCGUAAGUUUCGUUACCGAUGAAGCCGCACAAUUGGCAAUGCAUAAAUUAAAUGGGAAGCCAAUACCAGGUACAAAUCCAAUCGUUCGAUUCAAACUUAACUGUGCCACGACAUCGCAAAAUAAAGCACUUCUUGCUGAUCGAGAAUUCUCCGUAUGGGUUGGUGAUCUGUCUUCGGAUGUCGAUGACUACAAUUUGUAUCGAGUAUUCAGUGCAAAAUAUCAGUCAAUUAAAACAGCAAAGGUAAUUAUGGAUGAUUCAGGUUUCUCAAGAGGCUACGGAUUUGUCAAAUUCGGCUUGGAAGAGGAACAGAAAAGCGCACUUUAUGAAAUGAAUGGAUUCAUCGGCUUAGGCUCAAAAGCUUUGAAAAUAUGCUCAGCAGUUCCAAAACCAAAGGAUGGUUCAGCACCAGCUCCUGCUGCACCUUCUGCUACAACAAUAGUUCAGCAAGUCUAUGAUCAAGCAUAUUCACAAUAUUAUUACGAUCAAUAUUCACAAUAUUGGCAACAGCAAGGAUAUGGAUAUGAAAAUAAUCAGCAAAUGGAUCCUUCGGUUUAUUACUCUCAACAAGCCGCUGCUAUGGCCACAACUGCUCCACCAGUUCCUGUUCAAACGCCUUCAUAUUCUGCGCCACAUUCCUUCAGUAACAAAUUUGAUCAAGAUGAUGAUUACGCUUUAGUUGAUCACAAAAUUCACAUCGACGUUGAAAAAUUGAAUCGAGAAACUGUCGACAUGGAUCGGAACUUUUAUGACAGCUUAGAAUCGAACCGUUCUCGAGGAUUUGAGUUAUUUCUUGAAUUUCUUAUACACAUAUUUGUUAAAGGUAAGGUGUCCUAUAAAUGUUUAAUUAAACUGUACGAUUGGAUUAUUCUUAAUUAUAAUGAAUUGAUGAAGAUGAAAUUCUCAACAGCUAAUAUCAAAAAUGGAGAUUACAAUGAACAACACGUGCUUUACGUUGGAACUCAAACCGGAAGUGUAAAGCGAGUUGACAUAUUUAAUGAAGAUAAUCCUUACAAACAAUCAAAUUUGCAAUCUUUGGAGUCUUUAAAUCGAGAUUCCAAAAUAACAUGCCUUAGCUGGGCAGAUGAGGGCGCCAAUGAACUUUUAAUUGGUCGUGGCGAUUCCAUCAUUCGAACAUUUGACUGCAAUAUGAAUCAAUUCUGUGGAACUGACCUUGAAAUACCAGAUGGAAAGGUAGUUGGUCUGGCUUGGAAUAAUGAAACAAUUGUGGCAGCGAGUGACAAUGGAAAAAUUCAUAUUCUUAACGACACAUCAGCAGUAUUGGAAGCUGGUGAUAACAUUUCUCACAUGCAGCAAUGUCCUCAAAACAAAAAGCUCAUUGCUGUUGGAGGAAAAGAACGUCAAAAUAAUCUUAAAGUAUUCGAUCUUGAAACUCAAAAAGAAAUUUUCAAAUCCAAAAAUAUUCCACAUGAUAAUCUUCAACUUGAGGUUCCUGUAUGGGAUUCUGAUUUGAGCUUCGUUAAUAAUAGUGAUGCAUGUCUAGCUACAUGCUCUCGUUAUGGUUACAUUCGAUUUUAUGAUUAUCGUCAACAAAGACGUCCAGUUAACAACUACACAGAUAACCGGGAUCAAGCAUUCAAUUCACUUGCUGAACAUAAUGGAAUAGUUUUUGUAAGCACAACAACUGGCGGCCUUUUUGCAUUUGACCUUAAAAAUAUGCGCGUUCCUUUGCACACUUAUAAAGGUGCAACAGGAAGCAUCUCAAGUAUUGCUGUCGAUGAAACAGGAAAAUUCUUGUUCACAGCAUCACUCGAUCGUUAUGUUCGUGCUCACAAUAUAGAGAAAACUAAUUUACUUUACCAAUGUUAUGUGAAGUCAAAGGCAAGCCAAAUUGUCAUGAAGCAGGCUGAUCAGCGUUUGUUAAACACCCAAAAGGAGCAAAAAGAUCAAAAAACUGAAGAAAGUGAUGAAGAGUACGACAACCUUUUCGAUAAAAUGCAAACAGUUGAUGAGGAUGACGACGAGCCGAGCUCAAAGAAGCCUAAAGUUGUCAAGACAUCGGGAAUGAAACGCCACAGUGGAAUUGUUUGUGGAAGAGACACAUAAAUGAAAAGUUAUUCAUUAUAAUUUCAACUAUCAAUAAAACUUUCAUCAUAUUUUUGGAAUAAAAUCAAUUUUUUACUAGAAAAGUAUA